AUGAUUACAAAUACUUUAACAUCAAGACUAUCAUUAUUAUCAACAACCAUUGCAAAGAAUAGUAGUAGAUUGCAAUAUGUAAUCAAACAACAACCAAAACAACAAUACUAUUCUUCAUCUUCUUCAUCAUCAUAUAUUACAUCUUCAUCUUUAUUGUUUAACAAAUGGAAUACCAAUAAAGUAACAUCUACAUUCAAUAAUACAUCAUCACCACCUACAUUAUCAAGUUCAAUAUCCAAUUCAUACUUUUAUAGAUACUUUACCAAUUCUAAAGUAUUAUUACAACAAAACAACAACAAGAGUGAAGAUGAAGGUUCAAAUCAACCAACAACAAAUAUUGAAACCAAUGUUGUUGGUAGAGGUAUGGAUAAAGAGGUAGCAUUCUAUGCCGAAGAAGAUCCAAAUAUUCAAUCUGUAUACAAUGACCAAGGUAUCAAAGUUGAACCAAGAUACUAUAUCGAAUUUACAUGCACAUACAAAGGUCCUGAAAUGAAAGAGGAAUGUGGAUAUAGAUCAAAAAAGACAUUUUCAAAACAUGCCUAUCAUAAAGGUGUAGUUAUUAUUAAAUGUGAAGGUUGUGAAAAAUUACAUUUAAUUGCAGAUCAUCUUGGUUGGAGUGGAUAUGAUGGAGGAAAAACAAUUGAAGAAUGGAUGGAACAAAAAGGUGUUCCCAUUCAAAGAUAUAUGAUUGAACAAGAUAAAUCAUCAGAUGAUGUAGAUGAACAACCAAAAUCAUUGGGUGGAACUAAUGAUAACAACAAUAAUAAUAAUAAUAGUGGAAACUCAAAACAAUAA